CAACAAAUAACAUUCUACCACUGCACUUGGGAUAUAUAGUACAUAUAAUACAACCCCCGUUCUUAGGAAACAAAGGUAGGAACGUCAUAGAUCACAUGCCCCAGCAUCGAGAACCAUACGCGCCCUCACAACGACGCACUGAAGUUCAAAGCGAUCGCCUAGCUAUUAUCUGCGACCGAAGAUUUGGACCGUUUCGGUUCGAUUCUGCCGAAGACUUCUAUACAAAAUCAUAGUCAGCGUUGUCCAGCGUAAGCGACGAAAGUGGAGACAGCUGUGAUCUCUGAGCUUUGCAAAGCGAAGUCUGCGCCUCGAUCCUUUGCGCUUCUUUCCCGCGACGAGUGACGAUGCGACACAUCCAGAAUUUAAUCCCGCGACCUGAAUGACCCCGAGCGGUGGCCGGUCGACACGAUCAAUGACUAACGGCCUGGGGAUGUCGACGUCGAGGUUGAACCGGCCGCUGGGCCCGUUCUCGAUCUGGACUGAUGAGUUGGGAAGAUGAGGUAUAUAUAUGGUUGCCGGGGAGCACGGUGGCUAAGAUGUGGUGUAAGGCCUGUUGUCCUGGACAGUCUCAUCAAAGCUGGCCUUCGCUCGAAAGCUCACCGCACCUCUCGAAUACUCGAGGACGAUCUCCUAUCGGCCAUGUCCGAACUCAAUCCCAACGAACUCCACCCUGACCUCUGGCCCAUCCAGUACCUUCCCGGCUUCCCACUUGACCUCGCUCCCACAAUCCUCGUCAACUUCUCCAGGAGCCUCAAGGGUAGCACCGCUCCUUCCGACAUCACUGUUCAAGACCUCGUUGCCCCCGGACUCAAGCCUUCUGACCCUUCGGUCAACCUCCGGGUAUACAGCCCUUCGAAUGCCGGUGAUCGAGCAUUACCCGCUAUGCUCUGGUUUCACGGCGGAGGGUACGUCUUAGGAUCUCAUCGAAUGGGGGCGGAUACCACGUUCGAACGAUGUCGCAAGCUUGGGAUCCGGGUCGUUUCUGUGGAAUACCGAAUGGGACCCGAUAACCCCGCUCCGGCUGGGAACGACGAUGCCUAUGCAGCGUGGCUUUACGUGCAAAAGAACGCUCAAAAGUUGGGGAUCGAUAGGGAGAAGGUAGUAGUCGGGGGUCAAAGUGCGGGAGGGGGGAUGGCAGCAGCCCUAUGUCAGAGGAUACACGACCAAGGGGAUGUCCAGCCGUUAAGCCAAUACCUCCUCUACCCGAUGUUGGACGACCGGACCGUCCUGAGACCCGAUUCGAUGCGGUACAUCUGGACGACCCGGAACAAUCACUACGGCUGGAAAUCAUACCUCGGCCAAGAACCCGGCCAAGCUACCGUCCGUACCCCCUAUGCGGUUCCCGGUCGGCGGGAAGACUUGGCCGGCCUACCACCCGCCUAUAUCACCGUCGGUACCAUCGACCUGUUUCACGACGAAAACAAGGAAUAUGCCAAGAAGCUCGAAAAGGCCGGAGUGAAGAUCCGGUUCGAGACCGUCCCCGGGGGGUUCCAUGCGUUUGAAACGAUGCCUUGGUUCAAGAACACGACUGUGGGAGCGAGUUAUAAUAGGACGCAGCUGGCUGCCUUAGCGAGCGCUUUCAAGGGAUUUCAGAAGGAUUAGAGUCGUGAGGCGGGUCAUAGACUCUCUGUGGACUAGUUCAUAGUAAAUUGUGGUAAUUGUAGACUACACGAUUGUAACGAGAUGACUGCAUGAUGGGCAACGAAGAUUCGGGUGCCGUAAUUUGCUUA